AUGGAGGAGGAAUCGCGGGGCGCAGUGUUGCACAUGUCGUCGGAGGAUGGCCGCCGCCUGUGCAUCACCGGCAUGUCCUUGGUCGACCCGGCGUACGUUCGCGGCGAGCGCGUGGUGAACGUCUGGGCGGAGGUUGGGCAGGAGAAGCGCGCUAUUGGGACGUUGUCGUCCAGGGAGCCCGUCGUGUCCGUGCCACCGGUGGUACUCGGCGGCGAGUUCGUCCUGCGGCAUGACCUGGCCGUGGCGGCCGCUGUCCGGUUGAACGUCCGUGUUCUUGGCCCGCCGGAGUCUUCAGACGUCGAGGAGGUAGAGGCGGUUCUUGUUCUCGGCGUAGACGACGUGGAAGAGGUGGUUGAGGAGGACGAGGAGGAGGAGGAUGAGGCGGCGGUAGCGGUGGAGUACGAGCCUAUGAGCGAGGAGGACGUAGCGGAGCAUUACGAUAGCGACAACGGCGAGGGCGGCGAGGACUUCGGCGGGAUCAGUGUUCGUGAGAGCAGAAAGAGGCUUGUCGCCGCGCCGGCCGGGAGUGUCGUGCCUGACGGGGAGUUUCUUGGACCGGCGCGGUUCGCCGUCGUCGGGAACACCGCCGGCUUCAUGCGGAUCGCCGCCGCCGCGGAGGCCACCGGCGGGGACCAAGAAAGCAAGGAGAUUCUCGUGUUGUACCGCUACACCCGCUUCUCGAGGACACAGAGCGCGCGGCGAGGCGUGGAGGCGUGCAGGAGGACGAAACUCCACCGCCUCCACUUCGCCGUCCCGCCUGCUGCCAGCGACUUGGCAAGCUCUCUGGCAUGGGCCGGGUCGUCUCUGGGUCCACUGAUCUACCCCGGACUCUUCCACCAGCAGCUGGCGGACCUGUGGAUGAGCCUUCUGCUGGCGACGCCGGCGGCUAACGCCAUCCCUCCUGGAGUCGGGCGUCUCCAGGUGAUCGUGGACGUGGGCAUCCUCCGGCGCGAGGACUACACGCUGGAGCGCAUGGCGCACAUGCGCGGCGAGCUGGUGAGCCAGGUGCUGGAGCCGUGGUCCGCGUACUACCACGUCGUCAUGGAGCUGCACCUGCCGGAGCCGGUGCCUGCCAACAGGAGGAUCGCCGCCGACGACGAGGAAGAGGAGGAGUGCUGCGUUUGCUUCGAGGUGCUGGAGUCCGGGCUGGCGGCGUGGCCGGGGUGCGGGCACGUGUUCCAUGGCGCGUGCGUGAAGAAGACGCUGGAGAGGAGCGAGAUGUGCCCGCUCUGCAGGCACAGGUUGUCCGACCCGCUUGUGGCGAAGAACAUCAAGAUUGAUCCACUCUCUGCAGUCUGA